GAUCAUCAAAUGCCAACAACCUGCGGCUUUCCAAAUUGCAAAUUCCGCUCGCGGUAUCGUGGCUUUGAGGACAAUCGUCAUUUCUACCGGGUUCCGAAGAAACCAGCAAUUUUGAGACACAAGUGGCUGGAGGCCAUCGAAAGGACAGAAGCGACUAUAGUCAGUCAGUUGAGAAUAUGCAGCGGUCAUUUCCAUGGUGGAGAAAAGCGUGAGGGCGAUAUUCCCGUCGCGGACCCAGCGGUCGACCCUCCGCGCCGGAUUGAGCUGCCACCCAAGGGCGUCCGCUUCUCCUCUAGGGGCAUGUCUCGGGCCUUCAAAGCUCAUUUUCGACAAUCUUCCACGGCCGUCCCUGCUCCCUCUUAUGCUCGCAGUAAUCGCGGAGGCCUGGGUAACGGAAUCACCAGCCGACAGUCGGGCCGCUACAAACCUGCGGACUACACCGGCGCCCACAAGACCUGCACAAGAUCAACGGACAUGUCUAACCUCCCUCUACACGGCUUUUAUCCAAUAACCUCAAGAACCUUUCCAUCCUCGUCGGGCACACGGACACCCUCAGUGGGUUGCAUCCAUCAACAGGGUCCUGGUCGGCAGCCAAGAAUGCCGACCACCAAUAAGCCUACGAAUUUCAAUCCUGACCAUGGCUAG